UAACAGGCGGCAAGGCAGUUUCCCACCACACCUUACUUAGCUAGUUUGGUUGUAACUGUUAUAUUUGAGUUACAAAAAGUUACACCUCACGUGUUAUAAAUUAUCGCUACACCAAACUGUUUUUAUUUGCUUUAAAGGUAACAUUUGGUUAGCUAGUUAGCAUAACUGCUAAUUUUUGUCAACCGCUUUUUUCCCCCGCGACGGUUGAAAUUCGUGUAACGUUAACGUUAGUGGUGGUCUGCCGUGUUUUUACUUAGCUUUAGCCUUAUUCAACGCUAACGUACACAUUUAAGCCAAUACCGGGGCAUUUGAUUAAGCAUAAGACUAUCUUAAUCAUUUAAUUUGGAGGUGUCUCCUAAUCUGCCGUUUUGAACCAUCUAUGGACUUGUUUGCUAUUUGUAGAUGCAGCCUAUGUUUACUCCUAAUCUAAUAAACCUGAUUUGCGGCAGCAGGAGGAUUCACACUGGGACUGUUUGUCAGAUAUUUGUGCCUGAUCACAUUUGAUGGAUUACAAGGCUACUAACUGAAUGUAGGAUUAUUUAGAGCUACAGAAGAAGACAAGAUCCCAUAUAAAUUCUAAAAUGUCAAAGACCUUUCCCAUGUCCAGUGAUCAAGCUGAGAGCCUAGUGCCUCUGCCUAACACAGGCCUGCAGUUGGGUCAAUCUUUGGAGAGUCACUGCAGCAACUCAUCCAUGUCCUCAUCAACUGACUCCAACAGUAGUGUUCCAAUCCUGAGUGACAGAGGAGCCAGUAGCUCCCCUGAUGUCAGCAUGCUGGAGUGUUGUCUCAGCGAAGGUUUUCCUGUGAAUAAAACCUGCAACAUCACAGCACCACAGGGGGAUGUGCCCUGUAGUGUAAGCAUGAACCUGAAUCAAACAUUUAUUACCACACCUCUUAAUGCCACUGUGAAUUUCUGGAUUGAGAAUUUGAGAUUGAUGAGGAGCCAAGAGACAGGAUCAGAGAAAUACCAAAGCUGUAGUAUGAGCACAGAGGGUGGAAGUAAUAGUCCAGAGAUGUUUCCAGACUUUGCUGGGAGGGAGAGUCAACUAAGUUCAUAUGAGGUUUCCCAGAGAGGAUGCACUAGGAAUAGCUGUCACUCCCUGAGCUCUGGGGAAAUGGUAAUGAGGAACAGCAGUCUGGAAGGCCAGUCAGUCUUAGUAGUCUCUUCCCUGGAGGAUUUAUCUCUCUCUACAGCUGUGGGCCAUCCAGCACUCCCUGCUGCAUCUAACCUGUCAGCCACUCUGUCGAAUGUCUGCGAACAAUCUGCAGAAAGAGUCGCAGAGGAAAACAUAGGCCAUCCAUGUCUUGGUAUGACUUUCAUUCUGGCUGACAGCCAUGAGCUUACCACUGAGGAAAAUGAUAUGGCACCAUCCAACUCUCUUCUAACCCUGCCAAAUGAGAGUGGCAGGGGUCUUUUGAUGAGCUUUGGUUGUGAAACAUCUUCUGAAAAUUGGAAGAAUGAGGCUCUGUUAGCUAGUGCUGAAGCAGAGUUGUUGCCCCAUUUCCCUGGAACAAAUACACCAGAGCAAGUAAAGACCUUUGUGUCCACUAUGUCAGCUAUGCAAGAAACUGAUAAAGGCAUUCAUACUUCCACACCAGUACAAACCACUAGGAACAAGGUACUCAGCCUCCCCUCCUUUUCAGAGUCUCCCUGCAGUGAAAACACAAGCAGCCUAGGACUCCACCCUGUUAAACAGCAGCCAAUCUCUGUGACUCCUAAAGAACAUUUGGCAGCUGGGCCUUUAUCCACCAAAGUCAAGAAAAUUGAAGUUAAGAAUUUGUCUAAAUCAGACUUAAGUAGUGUAAAAUCUAAAGGUGUGACAGGAGCUGUGUCUCAAAUGGCAGUGCCAGGCUCUGCUUCACAUCACAAAUCAUCACAAAUCCAUGUGAACAAUAAACACAGUGAAGCAUACAGAGGGAAAGCUAUCAGGACUAGUCCUGCCAAAGUAUGGAGUAGCUCUACACUUGUCUCUGCCAUAACUAAAAUGUUCAGUGGUGCAAAGAGACUAGUGAACACAGAUGCUGCCAACAUGGGAGUGGCAGUGAUGGAGUCAUGUGGGCAUACUGUUGUGGAGGGACAGGACAGUAACAAAGCAUUCCCACAUGACUGCAACCCAGCGCCCCAAAAACAUACUUCAGCGGUCCAGUGCAGUAACAGCAACCCUGAAACAGAAGAGCCGGCCUCAAGCCAAGUAGUAGAUGCCUCAGCACAGCAUCCUGCCAACCAGACCUUCUGCAUCUCACCCAGAAAAAAAUCUCCUGAUGGACGUGGCCAAACAGAUCCCAAACUAACUCCACAGAAGGGUAUGUCAAACAAAACUGAGGUUAGGUCAGGCUCAACUUUAAGUCAGCACAAGCCUUCUGUUCUCAACACACGGCCUCGCUGCUCAUCAGAGAGCUUAUCAUCUAGGCCGCCAAAGGACAAGAGAACGGCUUUAGGUUUUUCAGCAACUUUUACUGUUCCCAAAGCUGUCACCUGCCUGGGCCAGACCAAACCAAGCAAUCUGAGCUGCUCUUCCCAGAAUAAAAGAGCCGUACAGUCUGAGGCCUCAAACACACCUACUGGAAACUCCACUAGAGUGAUUAAAAAGAUCAGUCUGCUGGCAGAGCGCAGCAAAUCAACAACAGAAGGAACCACAUGGGAUGAGAGUAAAAGCAGAAUCCAUGGAAGACCUUCACCUAGACCAACAAGAAGAGCAUUUUCACAGCUUCCACCUCCCAGUCCAAGACCACCCACUGUGUCAACCAAGCAGAAGCUGGGAGCCCUGGGGAGGGGUGAAUGCAGGAUCUCUGGAGUUGUAUGGACACCACAGUCCAAGCAGAGGAGCACAGCAGGCAGUCAGAGAGUGCAAGCGUCAGGAGAACCAUCCCUUGGAAAUGCUUCCAGAGCAAGUAUUAAGCCCCAGCUGAAUGGAUUCCAGACUCCGUCUCGCCCCACUCCUAUUGGCCUUCCCUCUACACCUGCUUCUAGACUACCAGUCAAAAACCCAGGGCCAUCAAGGAGCCUCACUGGUCAAAGUGAGCUGGGCGAAUGUGCUGGGAGUACACAAGGUGGAGCUGCACAUAAAUCAACCCCAUUCAGAUCUAUUAUAGCUAGAACAAAGCUCAUCUCAACCCCUGGGAAAAACACUCAACCAAUUUUGACCACAACAUGCAAGUCUGCUGCAUUGACCAGCAAACAAACUUCAGAUCUUAAUCACAGUCCUCUGAAAAGGACCUCUUCUGCAAAACUAGUUCAUAUAACCUCAAGUGGACCGGUGGACAAGAACAAGCCCAAGGCCAGGUCCCGCCAACAACACCCUCAGCAGCAAGCAGCGACCCGGCCCAACCAGAGUACUGGCCCUCCGGAUGUGAUACCAACGAGUCUUUCUGAGGUUGAAAGGAAGGACUGCAACAUCCAGAAACUGAGGGGAGUGCUGGCAGCCAGUAACUGCAGAUUUGAGGCACUCACCAUAGUCUUGCAGCGAGCUUUGGCUGAGCGAGAUGAAGAAACAAGGCAGUGCAGGGAGCUUUCUCAGGAGCUGGUCAACCUUCAAGGAGAGCUGGUUUGCUCAGUCAAUUUCUCUGAGCGCCUGGAGAAGGAGAAGGAGGAGUUGCGUGUUUCUCUGGAGGAUGUACUGCAGAAACUGCAGGUGCAGCACCAGAAGGACCUGGCUGAGCUGGAACAGAGGCUGCAGGCCUUCUACCAGGAUGAGUGGCACAAGAUCAAUCUCAACUACCAGCAGGAAGCUGACAAGUGCAAAACUUUCAUGCAACAGCAGGUGAGUGAGCUUAAAGCCAAUCAUGAAGCCAUGAAGCUGGAAUUGCAGAACAGCCAUGAGGAAGAGCUGCAGUGUGUUAAACAGCAGUAUGAAGCAUCACUGGAAGAGCUCAGGCAGGUCCACAAUCAGGAGCUACAGUGUUUGGACAAAACUUUGAAAGAUGCAGAAGCUGCUCUGUCUGCACAGAUUCAAGAGCUGUCUCUGGAGAACAGUGCCCUAAUUGAGAAGCUAAAAGCAGAGGAGAACAAGAGGAAAGAGCUGGUUGAAAAGAGUCAGAAGGACUCCCACACCCUGUAUCUGGAGCAGGAGCUAGACAGCCUCAAAGUGGUGCUGGAUAUCAAAAACAAACAGCUCCACCAGCAGGAUAAAAAGCUGAUGGAGGUAGACAAACUGACAGAGAAGAAUGUGAAGUUGGAUGACAGUCUUAAGAAGGUCCAGCAGGAGAAUGAAGACCUCAAAGCCCGCAUGGAAAGACAUGCUGCUUUGUCUAGACAGCUGUCCACAGAGCAGGCUAUGCUGCAGGAGUCCCUCCAGAAGGAGUCCAAGGUGAACAAGCGUUUGUCCAUGGAGAACGAGGAGCUGCUGUGGAAGCUCCAUAACGGAGACCUGAGUAGCCCUCGCAAGGUGUCCCCUGCCUCCUCCCCCUCACACUCCAGCACCUUUACCUUUCCACCCCUUUCCCCCUCCCACACCUUCACCUCCUCACCCCUUACCACCUCUCACUCCCACACCUUCAGCUUUCAGUCACCUCGCAGCUCCGGCAUGUUCUCCAGCUCUCCUGCCUCACCUAGAUAACAAUGUGCCCCUGCUUCCAGGAAGGACAACUGCUGCUUUGAGUUAUCAGUCUGGAAGAUGGAGCCAUGUUUGUUUCAUGUUUGCUUAGCAACUCAAUAGCCUGCCCUUGGCUCCUGAAGGAUUGGAUGAACUCUGAGAUGCUACAGACUGUUAAAGAAAAAAAAAAUUGCUACUCAGCAGAACUUAAAGGCCACAUUGUUCUUUACCUUUCACAUCUGAUACUAUGGAUGGGACAGAAAGGAAAUCUCAGGACUUGUGUAAUAAAACACUUAUUUGCUUGUGGUUGCCUGAGGCUCGUCUUGCAGCUCAGCACACAAGCCUUGAAAAUAUGAAUAGCUACAAAUACAGAUGACACUGUCCCUCCUCAGGAUGCAUCUUUAUUAUAAAUGCAUACAAAACAUUGGACUUGCUUCCUGGACCCUUUCUCCCAGCUAACUGUAGGAGUGAUGGCAGUCAUAUUAGUAGCAUCCCGUGGCUAGUUAACUGGCUACAGUGCUGUACAGGCCUCUAAGACAAACAUUCAUUCUCAUACGCAGGCUGUUCUCCUGCCUACAACAAGUUUCUUUUUCAAAUUUUGGGAUUUUUUUUUUAGAGUUUAGGUCGACAUCGUUGACUUUUUUUUUUUUUAUUAUAUACUGUCAUCUGUGGCCUCAAGCAUUUUGGUUUUCACAUUUGUUAGUUUGUUUGACCAAGGGACCGAUCUGAACCUUUGUUCAUCUUGGAGUCUCGUCAGUCACCCCUUACUGAACCUUCUUCCUAACGUAGCUUUAAAGUUGGGGUCUUUGCAAAGAGUUGAACCAGAAGUCGCUUUUUUUGUGAAUGUGAGAUGGUGCAUCUGGCAAAUGUCUGAGUGUUCUGUGGAGUUUAUUUCUGAUGUGUUGACCCUGUUUGAAAUAUGCAAUUAAUAAAGUCUUGUACUAAAAUA